CACAGAACAAUAAAUGGUUUCUUCCUUCCUUCCAAGCGCAAUCAAUCAAUUCAAUCCUCGUGACCUCUCAAAGAAGUCCAACAUUUCUCCCAAUCCUCCGUAUGAUCUGCAUUUCCCAAUAAUCAAUUAAAUUUAUACUAUUUUUUGGGGUUUUGGAUACAGAAGUUGUUGGGAGUACUAUCUGAUGAACAGAUGAAUGUGGAAAAGGUGGAGCCAUUGCCAGACGACUUCGAUCCGACGGCCGUCGUUAUAGAACCGGUGCCGGCAGUUGUAAACGACGACGCAUCAGGAAUCAAUGGAGAAACGAAGAGAGAAAUCGUCCUCGGGAGAAAUAUACACACACGGUGCUGGGAGGUUAAGGAACCUGAUGCGGAUGAUGAGGCCACUGGAGAACGGGAAGCGUUCAUGGCUAGUGUCUUGGCUCGGUAUCGGAGGACCUUAAUUGAACGAACCAAAAAUCAUUUAGGUUAUCCCUAUAAUCUCGAUUUUGAGUAUGGUGCAUUAGCUCAGUUGCAACACUUUUCCAUCAACAACCUUGGAGAUCCAUUUAUUGAGAGCAAUUAUGGUGUACAUUCCAGAGAGUUUGAAGUUGGCGUGUUAGAUUGGUUUGCCCGACUGUGGGAAUUAGAGAAGAAUGAAUACUGGGGUUACAUUACAAAUUGUGGUACAGAAGGCAACCUUCAUGGUAUACUAGUCGGGAGGGAAGUAUAUCCAGAUGGAAUCCUGUAUGCCUCACGAGAAUCGCAUUAUUCAGUUUUUAAAGCAGCAAGAAUGUACAGGAUGGAAUGUGAAAAGGUUGAUGCUCUGGUCUCUGGUGAGAUUGAUUGUGUGGAUUUCAAAGCCAAACUACUGCCUCACAGGGAAAAACCUGCAAUCAUCAAUGUGAACAUAGGAACAACUGUAAAAGGUGCUGUGGAUGAUCUUGAUCUGGUGAUCCAAACCCUUGAAGAAACUGGAUUUUCACAUGACAGAUUUUAUAUCCAUUGUGAUGGGGCUCUAUUUGGUCUCAUGAUGCCUUUUGUUAAACGUGCACCAAAAGUUACCUUUAAGAAACCUAUUGGAAGUGUGAACGUCUCGGGCCACAAGUUUGUGGGAUGCCCAAUGCCAUGUGGAGUCUAGAUAACAAGAUUGGAGCACAUUAAUGCACUCUCGAGGAAUGUCGAAUACCUUGCUUCUCGGGAUGCAACUAUCAUGGGAAGCAGGAACGGGCAUGCACCAAUCUUUCUCUGGUAUACCUUGAACAAAAAAGGAUACAGAGGGUUCCAGAAAGAAGUCCAGAAAUGCCUUCGUAAUGCUCACUAUUUGAAAGAUCGUCUUAGGGAUGCCAAUAUUGGGGCAAUGUUAAACGAACUCAGCAGUACCGUUGUUCUUGAACGUCCUCCGGAUGAAGAGUUCAUUCGUAAGUGGCAGCUCGCAUGCCAAGGAAAUAUUGCCCAUGUGGUGGUUAUGCCCAAUGUUACAGUCGAAAAGCUCAACAAAUUCCUGAACGAACUAAUUGCUCUACGUGCAACAUGGAAUGGGGAUGAUAGGAAGCAUCAGUCUCCUUGUGUUGCAUCAGAUAUAGGCAAAGAGAAUUGUCUUUGCUCUCUUCACAAAUGAAUAUGGCUCGUGUUUUAGAGAAGCUGCUGUUAGUUGUUUGCUUAAUUUCAUCUUACUAUGAACUAUUUUUAGGUUAAAUCUAUGAAUGUUCACCAGCUUUUAGCUGAUUACUACUUGCUUGAACUAACAAAAGGUAUUUAUUACUUAUUCAUCUAUUAUAUUUUCUUCCAUCCACCAUUCUUUAAGAAUCCAUUUACAUCCCUUGACGGAAAAUCCUACAUGGGACUUACAUAAUCUUUGUUCACAGAAGAUAGCAGAGACAAAA